UCGACCGAAUGCGUCACUGAAACUAGGAGGGGCAUAGGGGACACACGUGCUUUUGCAACCGGGAGAAUCGACCUCUGAGAAGCUCAACAAUGGGCAAUGUGUUGGCUUCCAGUUCCCCCAGCCCCCCGGCACCGGGAUCAGCCGGACCGAGUUUGGUGUCGGUACCACCAGGAUUCACAAUGCCAACCGUCGCACCAGUCUCUGUCACCGGUGGCCAGAACACAGAACCUCUCCUUCAAAACCCCGGAGCAUUUGAGGAGUGCCAUCGCAAAUGUAAAGAGGUUUUUCCCAUGCAGAUGGAGGGUGUUCGACUAACACUUAACAAAGGAUUAAGCAACAAUUUUCAGGUGAACCACACAGUGUUGUUAAGUACAGUGGGAGAUUCUAGUUACAGAUUCGGAGCUACUUAUGUUGGGACCAAGCAAAUGGGUCCUGCCGAGGCCUUUCCCGUCAUGGUUGGUGACAUGGACAGCACGGGCAGUCUAAAUGCGCAGAUUAUCCAUCAGGUCACAGACAAAGUGCGCUCUAAACUUGCCUUUCAGACUCAACAGCAGAAGUUUGUUAACUGGCAAGGAGAUGCUGAGUACAAAGGGGAGAAUUUCACGGCUGCAGUCACUUUUGGCAACCCAGAUGUGCUGGUGGGCUCCGGAAUUGUUGUAGCUCAUUAUCUUCAGUCUAUCACUCCAUCAUUGGCAUUAGGUGGAGAGCUGGUGUAUCACCGCAGACCGGGAGAGGAAGGCACGGUCAUGUCUCUUGCUGGCAGAUAUACAGGUAGCAACUUUAUAGCCACACUGACACUAGGAGGUGAUGGAGGUCAUGGAUCAUAUUAUCACAAAGCCAAUGACCAGUUGCAGGUUGGUGUGGAGUUUGAAGCAAGCGCCCGUAUGCAGGACACCAGUGUGUCAUUUGGGUACCAGCUCGAUGUCCCCAAAGCCAAUCUGGUCUUUAAAGGUUCAUUAGACAGUAACUGGGUUGUAGGAGCCACUCUUGAAAAGAAGUUGCAGCCCCUGCCACUAUCGCUUGCCCUCUGUGCUUUCCUUAACCAUAGAAAAAACAGCUUCAAGUGUGGAUUUGGUAUUUCACUUGGAUAAUCUGACAUCUUUCUGUACUAAGAAAGCUUUGGUUAUUUCUACAGUUUACAAACCAGUGAGGUGACUGGUUCUACGGUAAAGACUAAACAUCCAUGCAUUUUCAUCCAUAUCCAUGUUGCCUUUGAGGCAAAAUGAAAGUGAACCAAAAAAUUUAGCUUGUUUCAUGUAUAAGCAGAUUUUAACCUUAUUUCUGUAAUAUACAUAAAAACAUAAUCCUAGUAAAAUACGGUAAAAGCAAAUGAUAAACAAAUGCAAUCGAAAAUGAAAAAUGUAAGUAUCAUGAUGUUGUGUUAUUUUUCCAUUUAUUUGUUUGUUGAUUUUUUUAUAAUUUAUUAUUUACAUUUAAGGUAUUUAGCAGAGCUCUUUAUCUGGGUUUUGUGUUUGUGUAGUUUUCUCUUGGCAAUAUUCAGGGGUUUCAGUCUUUUUAAAUGUAUUGCUGAAAUAUAUGUGCUUGUAUAGUCACAUAUACAAAUAAAUAAAAUUGUAUAUGAUGUCUGUAUUACAUUUUAUAUUUUCUUCUGUGAUCUUCUGUAUGGUUUUAUGUUUAGCAGACAUCAGGUCUUUGAAUAUGCAGAUAACUGUUGUGAUGAAAAAGGCAAAGUCCAGAUGGACCCUCAUUAAUUCCUGACUCAUCAAUCAAUCAUUCCCUGUCAUAACAUGAACUGUGCGGUUAAUACGUGUGAAUCGGCAUGCACACAUAGACACGAACACAAAAUCUUGAUAUGUUCAACAUAAUCAAAAUAACUAAAUUAUUGUUACACUUAUUGUUAUUUACUUUCUUUUUUAUCUGUAUUACUCCAAUGGGGAAUUCUGUUUUCCUAAAGUCGGAUAGGAAAUGGAUAUUUGUUUUAAAAAUUAUUGUUUGACAACAUCAAGUAUAUACAUCAAGUAUAGUCUGGUAUUUAGAAAUUCUUGAUAGUUCGGUGAUAUUAUUAAUUAAUACAUGCUUACUAUAGUUACACACGGUAGUGCAUGCUUUUUGUUAUUACUGUAGCAAACAAAUAAAUAUUGUUUCACAUUUU